GAAAGUCGCAGCCCGCAUAGACUAGUCCGCCACACCACACCUCCCUCAUCUCUCCCCUUCCUCUCUCAGCCUCGCUUCCUCAUUUUUCCAUUAAUUCGUUGCCUCCUGAUCUCUUUCGUUUCUUGGCUAAAUCCGUCCGCCUCCGUAGGUGAAAUCUGGGGAGCGAAUUGUCAACCCACCUGUCCUGAAACGCUUGAUUUCCUGGGUGGCUGUGGCUCGCGCCCCAACUGCUCGACGCAAUUCCACUGCAGAAUCCUCUCUGCCAUUUGGAGUCGCGCAGUUCUUGCCAGAUCUGUUAAUUGGGGAUAGUGUCCACUGUCUUAGCUGGCCGAGAUUAUCAGGCUUUUCAGCCGAAAUCUCUGUGGGAAUGCUCUGUGGCUGCAGAAUGUAUGCGGUGGCGGUGUUUCUUAUGGCAUGUGCUCCAAAUUAUAUUGCCAUUGGCCUUUCCAACUAUGGUUUAUAUACGGGGACAAGGGUACUCUCACCGAGCUACAAGAACUUCCCACGGAAAUCCUCCUACAAGUUUCUCAAGGUCCGUGCUCUGCAGGGAAAUGAUGGCCGUAGAAGGCUGAUUGACAUAAUCCGAAUCAUCCCGGAGCUGUCAAGAAACUAUUUCAAAAGCGGGUCCAGGAGAGCUCUUUUCGGCGGCAUCGCGCUGCUGGGUGGCUUUUAUGUUGCGCAGACAAUAUCCCUGUCGUUCGGUGCUUUGGCCGUGAACGAUGUUAUAGCAGCAGUUGUGUGUGUCCUCCUGACCGAGUACGUGACAAAGUUCUACUACAGCCGGCCUAAGGUUACCUUCGCCGUUGCGCUCCUCAACAAUUUCAAGAUGGGUUUCACAUAUGGCCUCUUCAUUGAUGCUUUCAAGCUUGCUAGCUGAUUUACAUUGCCUCCUACCGAUGUUUCACAUGCACUUCAUCACGGUAAGUGGGCAAACAUGGUGAGAAAAUGCAACACCAUGUGAUGUGUUACAGGAAUACAUGCCUUUCGUGGUCUUGUAUUUCUGUGUGAAGAUUGUCCCAUUGCUGGUACAGAACGUGGUGUGACGAUACUGCAGAUCCAGUUUGUGUCAGUGCGUACUAUUGACUAUCCAAAUUGUGUGUAGAGCUUUGAUUUGAUGUUAUUUUAUUAGCCAAUUCAAGCUGUGGCACUUGUGGCUAUCCAGUCUAGGGUAGAGUUUGAUUUGCAGGCAGCCUGUAGCUUAGCCCUUUGUGCAGGCAAUGUGUAGUUUCUGUUCAUAUUCUCAGAUAAAUUUCUUGGACCAAAGUACCAACCGGAUGGCAUGCUGUUUUGAUCUUCGUUUGCAGCUAAAUUUAUGUUUAA